AUGGAUGGCGACGAUGUUAUACACUAUGGUUCCUGUCAUUGUCAAGCUGUAAAAUGGUCUUUGCAAGCUCCGAGAACUCUUGAUUGUAUUAAAUGCAAUUGCUCCAUAUGUAAGAAGAAAUCGAAUCAUCACUGCAUCGUGAACAAAGAUCGUUUCACUCUAUUACAGGGUGAAGGCAAUCUGACAACGUACACAUUUAACACACAUCAGGCUAAGCACAAAUUCUGUCGCACUUGUGGUGUGCAGUCCUUCUAUGUUCCCCGAUCCAAUCCAGAUUGCAUCGGUAUCAUGCCGCACUGCAUAGAUUCUCCAACGGUGAAAGAAUUACGUUUCACUACGUUUGACGGGCAACAUUGGGAAGAUGAAAUGGCGAAGAAAGCUCUUAAAGCACUAUAA